UAGUUAAAGUUGCGAAAUUGUUAGAAAGAGAGCGUCGAAAUUGCCAGCAAAAGCGGAAACCAAAAUAAAUAGGCUUUUACAAUAAUUUUCCAACUGUAUUUAUUGACUGUCUUAUGUAAUAAACAGUUGGAAAGUAAAUAGAGGAACAAUUUUUGACAGGUGAAAUGAGUCUGGAUGUAUCGAACGAUCAGAAAUUUUUUAGAAAAAAUAAGUCGAGCCGUAUAAACAGAGAAUAACUUUCUAACGAAAUUAUGAGUGAGAGCAAUCCCUUAUCACCGGUCGACGGACGCAGUGCCGCUGAGUUUACAUCAGCAUAUGCUGUUGGUGAUUUCGAGCGUCUCCACAGCCCUAAAGUUGAUUAUUCAAGUAUUUGUGGUAAGAAAGUGUUAGUUAGUCCUACGGAGGAGCAAUUUGAGCUGCUAAAAAAGAGGCUAGAAGAACGCAUAGUGGAUUGCCGAGGCGAAACCAUUUACGAAAUUGGCAUUGGAGAAGAUGGCAGCGAUAAUGGUUUAGAUGAGGGAGAGUAUAGCGCAUCAGUGGCGACAUUGCAAUCAUUAGCAACAACAAUUGAUGCUGAUGUAGUAUUACUGCGGCAGCGCAAAGUCGAAAAAGGUUUGGCUGGACAGUAUUUGGUAAGAAGGCGCGUUGACACCUCUGAUUUUAUGGAAAUUCGCGUUGCAGUUGUUGGAAAUGUUGAUGCAGGCAAAUCUACUUUGCUUGGGGUACUUACACAUGGUGAGUUGGAUAACGGGCGCGGGCAUGCUCGACAAAGAUUGUUUCGACACAAGCAUGAGAUGGAAACGGGACGCACCAGCUCUGUAGGGAAUGAUAUAUUAGGUUUUGAUAGUGUUGGAAAUGUUGUUAACAAGCCUGAUCAUGGCACUCUGGACUGGGUCAAGAUAUGCGAAAAAUCCGCGAAAGUUAUUACAUUCAUUGACUUGGCGGGACAUGAACGCUAUUUAAAAACAACAGUAUUUGGCAUGACAGGGCAUGCUCCAGACUUUGGAAUGCUAAUGAUAGGUGCUAAUGCGGGUAUAGUGGGCAUGACAAAAGAGCAUUUAGGACUGGCAUUAGCAUUAUCAGUGCCAGUAUUUGUUGUCGUUACUAAAAUUGAUAUGUGUCCACCCAAUGUUUUGCAAGAUAACUUAAAACUACUAUUCAAGAUAUUAAAGUCACAAGGUUGUCGCAAAGUACCUGUAAUGGUCAAAAACGCCGAUGAUGUGGUUUUAAGUGCUACAAAUUUUGUAUCUCAACGUUUAUGCCCAAUUUUUCAAGUUUCAAAUGUUACUGGAGAUAAUUUGGAACUACUAAAAAUGUUUUUGAAUUUGUUAACGACACGUAUGACUGGUCAAGACAACUUGCCGGCAGAAUUUCAAAUUGAUGAUACCUACUCAGUACCUGGCGUGGGAACAGUUGUUUCUGGAACUUGCCUCCAAGGCCUAAUAAAACUAAAUGAUACACUUAUGCUGGGACCGGAUGCAUUGGGAAACUUUAUACAAAUUGCAGUAAAAAGUAUUCAUCGAAAACGGAUGAACGUCAAGGAAGUGCGAGGUGGUCAAACUGCCAGUUUUGCUCUGAAAAAAAUCAAACGAUCUCAAAUACGCAAAGGAAUGGUAAUGGUUAGUCCAGAAUUAAAACCUCAAGCAUGCUGGGAAUUCGAAGGGGAAAUUCUUGUAUUACAUCAUCCAACCACCAUAUCCUCUCGCUAUCAAGCAAUGGUUCACUGCGGAAGUAUUCGACAAACGGCAUCUAUUAUCAAUAUGUCGAAAGAUUGUUUACGUACUGGGGACAAAGCACAUGUAAAAUUUCGCUUCAUAAAGCAUCCAGAGUAUAUACGAAUAGGCCAGAGAAUGGUGUUUCGGGAGGGGCGCACUAAAGCAGUGGGAAACGUCCUGAAACCCAUUACAAACUCGAUUGCCGUACAACACCGAAUGAAGCCGAAUAAAAUGCAGGCGCGAUGCCAGAAUCAUGGCCAAGGAAACUCGCAUCCAACACCACAAAAUCAAAACCAAAAUCCCAACGUGCAGGCAGCUAUAUUUAAAAAUGGAAAGCAACCGACAGACAUUGAUGGGAUGAAACAGAAUUUAGAUGGAGUGCUUGAGAGCUGUGUUGAUAAGCGCGACUUGCGUAGUGGUAAGCAGCAGAAGCGCAAUUCAUCCCAUAAUACAAGCACUGUACCGGUUGGUGGAAUAAGCAUGGGCGGCUCCUUAAGUGAUUUACAGUCUCAAACAAAUAGCUCACAUAUCGCUGUAAAGAAGUAAAAUGACUUUUUUGACUCUUAUUUGUAUUCACCAUUUUUUAAUCUAUAUUCCAGUAAAGUGAAUUAUUUUUUUUCGUUUCAUUUAAACAAACAAGGCAGAAUUAAAAAAUCAAUUAACCGUUUA